AUGGUUGUGACCCGCAGGGGAUUCCCUGCCGACAACAACGGCGCAGAUAAUCAAUACAAAUCACACUAUAAAGAUCUCACUUGGGAUGCGUUCCAGGAUCCGCCACGCAAGGUGGAAAUCGGUUCCGUCGCUAGUACCAAAGUCAUAGACAAUUCAGUGAUUGUGCUAAAAGUGGUCACGUACAUUGUUACAUUUAUUGUAGUGUUAGGUGCCGCGGUCCUGUCGAAAGGCACGCUGCUUUUUAUGACAUCUCAAAUUAAGAAAAACACCACCCGAUAUUACUGCGAACCUCUUGCAAUUUACAAAAGUCAGCAAUUCAUAGUAACACUUCCGGUUGAAGAAAGAGUGUCGUGGAUUUGGAUGUUGAUAUUUGCCUACUUUGUACCUGAACUCGGCACGUUUGUGAGAUCUCUUCGUUUCUAUUUCUUUAAAAGCAUAUCUAAUAAGAUAAAAAUUUCCGAAUGGAUCACGUUGUUCUUCACAGAAGCGUUGCCUGCAGUGGGUAGCGCCAUAUUAAUAUUUAUAGUCUUGCCGGAAUUGGAUGUAGUGAAAGGGGCUAUGUUAACAAACGCCGUUUGUUUUGUACCCGGAUUGAUAGCUUUCCUGACCAGAGAUCAACAAUGUAAUAAAAGUGUGCUGUUGAUGACUAUGGAUAUCAUAAGCUUGGCAGCUCAAGCUGUAGCUUUUGUAGCUUGGCCCUUGGUUGAAGACAAACCCAUACUUUACAACAUUCCAGUUUCGAUUAUUCUCAUAUCAGUUGGUUGGUGGCAAAAUUUUGUUUCCAAAGAAUCCCCUUACUUCAGCGACUACGCAAGAAAUAGAUUGAAAUGGAAAAACGACACUUAUUACGUAUACGCAUUUCUGGCUCCAAUCAAAUGUGUUAUAUUCUUUAUUACAACUAUAGUGAUUCUUUCUAUCAGAGAGGGUGAGGCUUGGUUUUUGUUUGAGGAAUUUGGUAACGCAUUUUCAUCAAGAAACAUCAGUUAUGUCGAGAUCGAACCAAUUGUGGGUUCCGGCACAAUUAAUUUUGACGAUGCCAUAAGCCUAAGCACAGGAUUGUAUGUCGAACCUUCGGUACUCACACCCGUAUGGGUAUGGUUGAUUAACGUACUCACCACUUACAUUUGUUAUGCCUUUGCAAAAUUUUCUUGUAAAAUUUUAAUCCAAAAUUUCAGUUUCGCAUUGCCCAUAAACAUUACAGUACCAGUGCUUCUGUGUAUUUUAAUUGGAAUGAGUGGAGCUUAUAACGAAGAUGUUUGUGCAUUUUCUGGCACCAUUCCCUCGUAUCUAUUUUAUAAUACACCAACAAUAUAUUUCUUUAGUGACUUUGUAGGGUCACAGUACUCUUGGGUUUGGUUGUUUUGGUUGUUCUCUCAAACGUGGAUCACAGUACAUAUUUGGAAUCCCAGUUAUUCAGACAAACUUGGUUCUACAGAGACUUUAUUCUAUAAACCGAUGUAUGACGCAUUCCUUAUAGACCAAUCAAUAGCUUUAAAUAGAAGAAGAAAUCAUCCAGAUAACAGAGUUAAAGAUAGCGGUGAUGAAAGUGGACACAUAGCAGUUGUAAAUGACUCCGAUAAGGGACAUCAUUACACAAGAAUAUACGCUUGUGGCACUAUGUGGCAUGAAACCCGAGAAGAAAUGAUGGAGUUCCUUAAAUCUGUAAUGCGCUUGGAUCACGACCAAUUUAAACAAAAGAAAAUAAAAGAGAGGUUCGACAAUGAUGAGAAGUACUACGAACUUGAAAUUCACGUUUUCUUUGACGACGCAUUCAUAAGAAAGUCGGAAACCGACAACGAUCCGCUAGUUAAUAAAUUCGUAACAGAUUUGAUUGGUGCUGUAGAUGAUGCAGCUCGAGAAGUCCAUACAAUGGAAAAUCUGAAAGUUAAGCCGCCAGUAAAGAUGAUCACUCCGUACGGAGGUCGUUUGAUCUGGACUCUUCCAGGAGGCAACCAAAUGAUUGCCCAUUUAAAGGACAAAGCGAAGAUCAGGCCUAAAAAGAGGUGGUCUCAGGUCAUGUACAUGUACUACCUCUUGGGGCAUAGACUGAUUGAAAGAUCGGAGUGGACUCCGGACGAAAAACAAAUCAGAGCCAAUAACACAUAUAUUUUAGCUUUGGAUGGUGAUAUUGAUUUUCAGCCUAAAGCAGUUCAUCUUUUAGUUGAUCUAAUGAAAAGGAAUCCAACCUUGGGGGCAGCGUGUGGAAGAAUUCAUCCAAUAGGUUCUGGAGCAAUGGCUUGGUAUCAAACUUUUGAAUAUGCAGUUGGUCAUUGGCUGCAAAAAGCCACUGAACACGUAAUUGGUUGCGUACUUUGUAGUCCAGGUUGUUUCUCUUUGUUUAGAGGUGGGGCCCUCAUGGACGAUUCAGUAAUGAAAAAAUAUACCACGGUAUCAACGGAACCUUUACAUUAUGUACAGUACGAUCAAGGGGAAGAUCGUUGGUUGUGUACUUUAUUACUUCAACAGGGGUACAGGGUAGAAUACUCCGCGGCGUCCGAUUCUUAUACGCAUUGUCCUGAAGGUUUCAAUGAAUUUUAUAAUCAAAGAAGAAGAUGGAUGCCUUCUACAACUGCAAAUAUUAUUGAUCUUCUAUCCGACUACAAACGUACAGUGAGCGUGAAUGAAAAUAUUUCAAGACCAUAUAUUUGGUAUCAGAUGGUGAAUUUAGUUGGAACUGUAUUGGGACCGGGUACAAUCUUCCUCAUGUUGAUCGGUGCGUUUGUAGCAGCAUUUAAAUUAAGUCAGUGGGUUAGCUUUGGAUAUAACAUUAUACCAAUAUUAACUUUUAUAAUUAUUUGUGCAACUUGUAAAUCGGACACUCAGCUUUUCUUUGCUGGUAUAAUCAGUGCAAUUUACGGAUUAAUUAUGAUGGCAGUUGUGGUUGGUGUACUUCUACAAAUUAGAGAUGAUGGUUGGUUGGCACCUUCUUCCCUGUUCUUUUUCGUGAUGGCCGGAGAAUUUAUUGCAACAGCAAUGCUCCAUCCAAGCGAGUUCUACUGUCUCAAAUAUGGAGUAAUUUACUACGUAACUGUACCUAGUAUGUACAUGUUGUUAGUUAUCUAUUCGGUAUUUAACAUGAAUAAUGUGUCAUGGGGUACUCGAGAAGUUACGGUCAUGAAAACCGAUAAAAAGGAUGAAAAGGAUAAAGGGAAAGAUAAGGCACCAGCACAAAAAGAUCUUACACAUAAAGCAUUUUCGUUCUUCGGAGCAAAUUCAAGUGACGAUGCCGGAUCAAUUGAAUUCAAUUUCGCGGGAUUAUUCAAACUUUUUUGUUGCACUCACAAACACCCGCUUCACGAAGAAAUAAUUGAAAUUAAUCGUACGUUAGAAAAGUUGAACAAGAAACUGGAACAAAUUGAAAAACUCCAACUUUCUGGGCCUGAAGUCCCAGAACUGCGCAGAAAGUCUGGCAUAGUUAAACUUGAAGGGUCAAGGGCUUCAAAUAUUUCGAACAGGGAUUUGUCACGAAAACCUCUUUUUGUCGACGAUGAAGAAGAUGAUGAACAAUCUUUAAUCUCUGACGAUUCGAUAGAAGUCGAACAACACAGUUGGUUUGAACAAGAAGGCUUGUAUCAUGGCGAUAUGAAGAGAUUGGGAAAAAAAGAGGAAGUCUUUUGGAACCAACUGCUUGAUAAAUACUUGCAUCCUAUUGACGAUUCCGACAAAAAAGAUGAGUUAUCGAAAAAAUUGAAGGACCUGAGAGACAAUAUGGUGUUCGCUUUCUUGAUGGUGAAUUCAUUGUUUGUGUUGGUGGUAUUUUUGUUGACAUUAGAAAAAGAUACAAUUUAUGUGCCUUGGCCGAUACAGCCUCAUAUUAACUUUACGUACAGUACAGACCAAGAUAUGGUCUUAAUUUAUGUCGAGUAUUUGAAAUUGGAACCAAUUGGAUUUGUGUUCUUGAUUUUCUUUGCUUUACUUUUGGCUGUACAAUUUACCGCUAUGUUGUUUCAUAGAUUCGGAACGUAUACUCAAAUAAUGGCUAAUACUCCAAUUUAUAUUCCUCUAUGUGCACCUCGGGAAAACACCAAUGACGAUGAUGAAUUAUCAUUAGAAGAUAUGCAGCAUUUAGUUUCCCGAGCAGCUGUGAUGAAUACAAAACCAAAUAACGCUGAAAAAGUAGAAAGAAGAAAGACAAUAGUCAAAAUAUCAAAGAAAGACAAGAAUAUAGAAACCGUGUCAAAUCUUGAUGAAAUUUUUGAGAAAAAUUGGGAAAGUAAUUUACGAAGUGAAGAUCCUGCAAUUAGAAGAAAGACCGUACUAGCAAAUAGGCGAACUACAAUUGUAAAUCAAAAGAGGCAAACACUUUUACCCAGACGACCUCAAAUAAACAGCCUGGGAAAUGGCGUAGCUCAUAUGGGUGAUAAUCCGAUAGGAACAUUGCAAUUAAACGAUACCUUAAACGAUGGGAUGUCUGAAAUUUAAAUAUACAUAAAAGUAUUUAAAAAAUGAUAAAAUGAUAUUGGCAUAGAUUUGUUAUUUAUUUAAAGACAAAUAUAAAAUUAUCAUUAUAUAAAUCUAUGUAUAUUCCAUUCAUAUGAAUUCAUAUUUCACUUGAUUUAAGUUGGACAGCAUAAUUUUCAAAAAAGAAUAUUCAUUUUUCGAAAUUAAAAUUAGAAACACCUUAA